AGGAGCCCGGGGCAGGAGCGCGGCGGCCCGCGGGCGCGGCCGCCCGGGUGUCACCGGCUGGGCCGGGGAGCUCCGGCCGUCACGCCGCCACCGGCUCCGCCCCGCCGCGGCUCCCGGGCCGCGCUGCCCCUUCCGCCGCCGAAGGCGGUGCCGAGCCAGGCCCGCCCGAGCCGCCCCGCAGGCAGAGCCGCCGGAGCAUGGCCGGGGCGCAGAGCUGCCGUCCCCCCGCGCCGGAUGAAGAUGUCAAACCAUUUACUCCUGAGAAAACCAAGGAAAUUGUGAUGUCUCUACAGCAACCUGCAGUCUUCUGUAACAUGGUUGGCAACUGGCCAGCCCUGCACUGGAAUGUGGAAUACCUUUCUGCUGUGUUGGAGGGAAAGAAAAUCCAGUUUAGGCUGGGCCUGAAGACAGUGGAUUUAGUUCCCCAGUUUGAAACCAGUUGUAGCUAUGUGGAAGCUACACUUGAGGAGUUUUUGACUUGGAGUUGUGGGCAGCCUUCUUGUCUCUCUGGACCAUUCAGUUGUUACGAUUACUCCAAAUACUGGGCUUAUGCUGACUACAAGUACAUUGCCAGGAUAUUUGAAGACAAGCCAGAAAUUUUCCAGGAUGUAAGGUGGUCUGACUUUGGUUUUCCUGGAAGAAGUGGAAAAGAGAGCACACUGUGGAUUGGUUCUGAAGGAGCAAACACCCCCUGCCAUUUGGACUCCUACGGCUGCAACUUAGUGUUGCAAGUACAAGGAAGGAAGAGAUGGCACCUCUUCCCACCUGGUGACACCAGUUUCCUUUAUCCUACCAGGAUCCCUUAUGAGGAAUCCAGCAUAUUCAGCAAAGUCAACAUUGCCAACCCUGAUCUGAAACGCUUUCCCGAGUUCAGGAACUCAACAGCCCAUGUUGUUACCCUCAGUCCAGGACAGGUCCUGUUUGUCCCAAGGCACUGGUGGCACUAUGUGGAAUCCAUUGAUCCUGUCACUGUCAGCAUCAACUCUUGGAUUGAACUGGAUGCAGAUCAUGAAGCCCGUGUAGAGGAGGCAAUAACUCGAAUGCUGGUAUGCGCCAUAAAAUCAGCAGAAAAUCCCAGUGAUGGAGAUCUCUGGCUAAAUCCCACAGAGGUUGAGGCAACCUCCCAUGAAAUCAAUCUUCAGUACCUGAAUAAAGCAGUGUCUGCAUACCUCAAGUGUCAGGAGACAAGUGUGUCAGGACAGGCACGUUCCAGCAGCAGUGGUGCAAAGCAGAGGACAAACACCUCAUGCAAGAGGAAGAGAAGGGAAGCUGGCUGUGAACCAGAGAGCUGCACAUUGCUAACCCAGAAAUGUGACUUUCCUGCACCCAAAGCAGAAGAGCUGCGGAAAAUACCUUUUGGGCCUCAUCUUAUUCAGGUUUUACCACAGUCUCACAAAACCAGCGUGGUGGGUGCAGUUGCAGUUGAAAGUGAUGGUAGAGAUCUUCUCCAUGAAAAUGAAGGAGAACAUUUUGGAAAAUUACAGUGCAAGAGGAAGAGAUUGCUAAUGAGUAAUGACUGUGAGGCAGCUGCACAUCAAAUGGAUUCAGACUGCAGUCCAUGCACCUCACAAACAGCCCUUUCCACCAAUGACUUGUUAGACUGUCUGGUUAAUCCUCGUGUCAUCAGUUUAGUGGCUCAGCUGCUGUUGGAGAGAAUGAGAGUGUGAUGCUGGAGUGCUUUAUCAUUGCUGAAACAGAAAUCAAACAGCAGCCUUGUUCUGCAGGUUUAAGAUCUGUAAUAAUUGAAUGUUCCAUUUCAAGUAAUUUUUAGGUACAGAUAGACACAGUUAAUGGUUAAGUGCAGGUUGAAGUUGAGCUGAAAGAAGAAUAGCUGGUUAGUGAUGGCUGUGAAGAGAAAGGUGUGUUUAGUCAGGGAGCUGCUCAAUGUUAUGAACAAGAGAGAGCACACACAGUCACACUCCCACCGUGCUGUGCAGGUGGGAUCUUCACAGUGCUCUACAGCUCCGAGCUGGAAAACAAAUAUGGCUUGAUGAUGGAUAGCAGAGGGAGUGCUGGGACAUGGUCACAGCAAAGGGGGACCAGGGGUGGGAGCAGAGAGAUCGACUGACUGUAGACUGGAGUCCUUGACCACAUUUAAAGUAAUAAUAAGCAAUAAGCAAUCAGUUGAUUACAUUAAAAGUAAUAAAUUCAGGUAAACCUAAACCUCAGCCAAGAGAGAAUGCACUCCCUAAUGCAUCUACUUCCUCCCUUCUACUAAAUAACUUCAGUUUUGUCACAGAGCUCUGGGUUGGAGUGAGACAAAAGCCCUUAGCAAGAAAGUAGCCUUUAGCUACUUGAAGGUAGGAGAGUAAGGGCAUUGGGAAGUUCCUGCUAUUAUUUAUUUAAAGACAGGUGUGCACAAUCCCCUAAGAAACAAAGCAAAACAGCUGUGACUUUUUACCUCUGUCCUUCUCCUUACCAUAACAAUAAAAAUGUAUUAAUUUUU